AAUCCCAGUCGGGUUCUGGGCGGGACUGCCACGGCGUUGCGGGCCGGGUGCGGCUCGGCGGUAGAGGACUCUCACUUCGUGCUCCAUCCCGGGCUGGGCCCCGGGGCGGUGAGUGAUCCGGGGAAGGAGACUGCGGCUGCAGCCCGGGCUCUGCUGAGGGGCGUGGAUGGGGCUCGCCCGCCGCCCCGACGUUGUCUCUGCCGGGUCCCCGCGCUCGCCUUUCCGAGCCCGCGGGUCUUGCUGAGGAGUGGGGAGAGGAACUGAUGAUGUGGCUGGGGACUUCAGGGACGAGUGGGUUACCUGGACACUGCUUAGAGAGUCCUCUUCAGGGAUACCACCCAGCACAGUUAGAAGAAUGGGCUCUCAAAGGGAUUUCUAGACCAAGUGCAAUCUCCCAGCUAGAGCAGAAGGAAGAGCCAUGGGUCCUACCACUCCAAAAUUUUGAGGCGAGGAAGAUCCUGAGGGAAAGUCACACAGACUUUAAGAAUCAGGUGGUAAAACUCAAUCAGGACAUUUCUGAAACAGCAGAACAAUGUGGAACAUCCUCAGAAAGGGCCAAUAGAGAUAUUUCUCAUACUCCUCGUUGGGGAGGAAACUGGGAGAGGGGUCUUGAAUUAGAAGGGCAGCAUGGAACCCUUCUAGCAGAGGGCCAGCAGGAGCCCUUUUCACAGGAGAAGGAAUUAAACAAGCUCCUGGAAGGAUAUAUAGGAAAGAAGCUGGUGUGUGCAGAAUGUGGAAAAAGCUUUAACCAGAGUUCCUAUCUCAUAAGACACCUAAGAACCCAUACCGGUGAGAGGCCUUAUAAAUGCAUGGAGUGUGGGAAAGGCUUCAAACAGAGUUCAGACCUUGUCACCCACCGCAGAACACACACAGGGGAGAAACCCUACCAAUGCCAUGGAUGUGAGAAAAAAUUCAGCGACAGCUCAACCCUCAUCAAACAUCAGAGAACCCACACAGGUGAGAGACCCCAUGAGUGCCCAGAGUGUGGGAAGACUUUCGGACGGAAGCCACACCUCAUAAUGCACCAAAGAACCCACACAGGAGAGAAGCCCUACACGUGCCUCGAGUGUCAUAAAAGCUUUAGUCGCAGCUCCAAUUUCAUCACCCACCAGAGGACCCACACGGGAGUGAAGCCUUACAGGUGUAAUGACUGUGGGGAGAGUUUCAGCCAGAGCUCGGAUUUGAUUAAGCACCAGCGAACCCACACAGGAGAACGGCCCUUUAAGUGCCCGGAGUGCGGGAAGGGCUUUAGAGAUAGUUCCCAUUUUGUGGCUCACAUGAGCACUCACUCAGGAGAAAGGCCAUUCAGUUGUCCUUACUGCCACAAAAGUUUCAGUCAGAGCUCGCAUCUGGUCACGCACCAGAGGACACACACAGGUGAGAGGCCUUUUCAGUGUGACAGCUGUGGGAAAGGAUUUGCCGACAGCUCUGCCCUCAUCAAGCACCAACGGAUCCACACAGGAGAAAGACCCUAUAAAUGUGGCGAGUGUGGGAAGAGCUUCAAUCAGAGCUCCCACUUCAUUACCCAUCAACGAAUCCACUUAGGAGACAGACCCUAUCGCUGUCCUGAGUGUGGCAAAACCUUCAAUCAGCGUUCCCAUUUUCUCACACACCAGAGAACACAUACGGGAGAAAAACCGUUUCACUGUAGUAAAUGUGACAAGAGCUUCCGACAGAAGGCACACCUUUUAUGCCAUCAGAACACCCAUUUGAUCUAGGAAAUAGUCUUUAAUGGUUCUUCUCCUCCCUUCCAAAUUUCCAUUGCUAUUGUCUUUAAGCGCUCCAAAUAGAGAAAACCUGAAACUGGGUGUCAGCGGCUCAAGUCGGGCCCUGAUCUGUUCUCUUUUUCCGUGCUUUAAUGGCGAGGAUAAACCUACAGGGUCCAAAUAAUGUUCUAAACACAAAAGGCAUUCCUUCAGUGUUUUUGACUGACUCUUAGACAGAAAACUGUGAGUUUAAUGCUUGAUGCCUGGUUACUAAAAGAGAAGUGAGAUAAAUGUAGUCACAUUCUCAUCAUUAAUGAUUCAUAU